CAUGAAGAGCACCCAAUAGAAUUGAUAUACGAGCAUCAACACGUGCAUUAUCCCUCUACUGGCAUCGAACGGAUAGAACGAACGGACCAACAAUUUUGGCAACCGAUUUUGUUGAUUAGCGACAGCGUGGACUAGUUGUAUUUUUGAGAAGAAAACAAGGCGGACAUAUCUUCUCACAUAGCAAUUACCGAGAUCGAACAACGAAUUUAAAAGCAAAAAAUUACAUUAACUUUCGUUUUUUGUGCUCUCUUAGAUUUUGUCAGAAAUCGAUUGCACGGAGAAGACCAUGUUUUAUCUCGGUAUCUUUGCGGUGCUAUGGUCGGCGAUGACGUGUUCUCUUGGAUUCACGAUGGAUCGUUCAGCAGCGCUUGUGCCGCCCACGUGGGACAUGGCGCCGUCUUUGGACACUUAUCAAAGGGUCGACUCCGCGUUGAACAGCAAAACACAGGUGACAAGUACGGACAGAAUAUUGCAAGCUGUAGAUGCGAAAGUGUCGGCAAAACUGACGGAGAGAAUAGCGGAUAAUCAGACACGCGACAAGAGAGCGACAACUGAGAGUAGAGAAAUCGGAAUGAAACUUAUCAAUAACACGGCAUCGACAAUGAGAAAUGACGCGUCUGAUUCCUCUGAAGAAAACACUAAUGUUGCUAUUAUUUCGCGAAAUGUCAUUCUGCUUUUGAUUGACGAGAGAAAUGAGAAAGAAAAAGGGGAAGAAAAUCCGUGGAAAGACUACAAAAACAGACUACCGUUCGCGAUAGAAGGAUUUCUUCAAAGAUGCAAUAACAAGAUAGAGACUAAUGGUACCCCCUUGGAUGGUGCAUUGAUUUCUGAAAACAAAGAAAAAGAUUGCGAUUGUGAGCGUAUUCUUCGUUCGAAUAUCGGAGAAUUGUUAUCCUGGGCGAGACAAACGAGAGGAAUGACAACAGGCGCAGUUUCCGGUAGCAACUUCUCCAUCCCGUUCUUUCCUAGAUACAAAUUUGAUGUAUCUAACGAAAGCAAUGUAAAAUUAGAACUACAGGAGAACAAACAUGACUUUAACGACGCUUUGCAAAUCAUCGAUCUUAGCGACGAAGCGAAAUCUGUUCCUUCUUUAAUUACAGCUGAUCCUAAAACAGAGGCAAUGAAUUAUGACAGUACGUGGGACGUUUUUGAUGUGUUCUCCAAAAUUAGAAUGGCAAUCUUCCAGUCCCUGCUCGAAUCGUUGAGUAGGAACCGUGUUACAUCCGAGGACGAUUUUUCAUUGCAUAGAUCGUUUCCUAUUAAACCAACUGUAACUAAUUUAAUCGAAAAUACUAUCAAAAAACUUAAGUCUGUUCCAAACCACAAUGGUUACAUGUUAGUCGCUGUCGUACCGAGAAGCGAAGGAGCUGCCAUUGUCGAUCUUAUGCAACGCGAAACUUCUCCGAAAGAUACUCUCUUAGUUAUGAUGCAAAUCUGUGCCGGGAACAAAAAAUCUGUACCGUUCGUCGCGCAAGGACCGAAUAAUGAAAUUCUUCGGGAAGUAGUAACGAUCGAGGAACUUCCGAUCAUAAUUAAAAAAGCGAUCGCGAGCAAUUUCCACGGUGCAGGAUGCACAAAUAGAAAGAGGCGCGAUAUUCCGAUCGUCUCGCAUCUGCCCAUCGAGAUUUUCUCGCAAGAAUUGCCAGCGCGGAAACGAGUUGCCAGAGACAAGGAUGCCGUUGAAAAACUGGAAACGAGUAAAUUGACUGAUAUUGACAUUAAAGAUACUGUAAGCACCGUAAAGACAACAAUUAUCGAGAAAGAGAAACAAGCCAGAAGUUCGACUUCGUCCAAGACAAUGCAAUGUGGCCUCGCUACAGCGCUUGUCAGUGUCGCGGCCUCGGUCGUCGCCAUGGCCGUUUAGGCUUCUUCAACGAGAUAUAAUUUUUAUUUCUAUUUCUCCUUACUACUUUUCUCUAUAUUUAUAUGCAAGAAAACGCCGAUCUCUCUCUAUCAAGAAUGCCAAUUGAAAAUUUUGAUGAUCUUUUUUUUUUUAUAAAAGAAAUAGCAGGAGAGAGAAAGGAAUAUAUUGAUUAUGAGAGAGAAUAUGCGCGUUCGGGAAAAUUAUAAUGUUAUGUGAUCACGAUAUUAUAUUUUUUACCAAAUUCGUAAAUAAACCUUAAUGCAGUAUAUAAGCAUUGUUAUUCUGAUUGCAUCAG